AUGGGGUCCCCAUCACUCAAGACGUCCUAUUGCGAAUGGUUGGCCCCAGAAGGACCAUACAGAGAACUAGCUCGUUCCCUCAGUGCCGCAGACCCACGGCUGCAGCACCGCGACUUUGAGAGCGAGAAGCGUGAGAUCGUGUGGCCUAGCGGGAAACCUAGGGCUCUUAUCCUCCACCAACAAAACGAUGGUGGAUUCACGGAGCCAUCUACAUAUACCGACGCCGAGGCACUACGCCAGAUCUUGCAGAAUCGUCAGACACCUACCCCUAGGUGCCGAACAGUUGUCAUCCUAGAAGGCCUAAGCCCAGACUUUAUCGAGGUUCUAGGCGUAUACUACAACAUCCACCCGACCAUGUUUGUUGAACAUGAACGGAGCCACCAUUCCAAGGUCCUUCCUCGACUUGAACCAACCAGCCUUCUAGCUCUACCAGCUAGUGGUUGCACCAGAGACUAUGUUGGGCUCAACUACGUGGAAUUAGUCAGGCUGCCCCAGCUUGGUGAAGGACAGUUCAACGUACACUGCACUGCAACAUACCGACAUGUUGGCGUGACAAGGACAUACGGGGAGUUUCACGAUGUCGGCAUGGCUAGGCGGAAGUGUACUGUGUGGCAUCGGCAACAUGCCGAGGUUGAUUCAUGGGACUGCUUAAUCCUAUGCGACCCCCCUAUCGAGAGCAUUCGCAUCUUCGAUGGCGGCAUUCAAGAGCAAGUGAGUAUGCCACAGCCGUCAUUCCCAUGUGGCUAUCUCGACUUCACGCCCCUUGAACACCAGAUGGAACGCAAGUCGGGCCCGCCACGCACAUCCAUGGCCGCCGAUCUCACCUUCUAUCUGCGCAGCGUGGCGCCGCUUCUUGACUUGAGAAACCCGGCCUGCGUGACAAUGCUAGCCGCCAAGAUUGCGGCCAGCCACUUCCUAAUGCACGCGGGGUACCUGCGCGAGAUCAUGUCCGCCGUUGAGUCCAAGGCCUCCAACUUGGCACAUCUCGCGGGCUUCCACAUCGCCGAAGCUGAGGCGCAGUGGAGCGACGCGCAGACGCUGUGCCGGCGCAUGCACGAGUACAUUGGCUACCUCGAGGCAAACAUGCUGCAGCUGCGCAUCCCCUUCGCGGAACCUGACACCUCUCGCGUCGUGGGCUGGGACGAUGUGUCUGCCGAUUUCCAGUACUUGGCCCUGCGCUUCCGGGACCUGCGCCUCCGCGCCGAAAUGAUCAGCCACUCUCGCGCCGGCCUUGCAAGCAUCGCGGGUAACCGCCAGGGCUUUCGGGAGCAGCAACUUGCACUGCAAGCGGCGGAGAGGUCAAUCCGUGAGGCGCGGAGCGCGAGGGCUCUAACGUUUGUUGGGCUGGUUUUCAUCCCCCUAGCGUACACUGCGUCGCUGUUCAGUAUGGCAGAUCCCUACGCGCCAGGGAAGGAGGGGUUUUGGGUGUACUUUGCCAUUUCUGUUCCUUUGAUUAUCUUUGUUAUCUCUGCAUACUAUCUCCUUAAUCUUGGGUAUAGUCUUGACGGGUCAACUUGGUCUGCGGAGAAUGUCUGGAGGAGGAUUGCUAGUGGAGCCUUUGAGCACUUAUCUAAGACGAGUUUAGAUAAGAAGCUACCGUAAUCGCUAGAGAGAGAAGCACACUACAAUCUUAGAGCUCUUUGUACUGUGUAG